AUGCAUAACCUGAGGCUACUUGGUGUUGUGGCGCUUCUUCUAGCAGGUGCCAGUCCGUGUCAACAUGAGCGCCGUGAGCGUCGGCCACACAUCAAAAGACAAGCGGUCCCGCAAACCCCUCUGACGGUCGAAGAGAAUACCUUGGUUGGCUCAGUAAGCACAACAACUCUUGAUCAGUGGUCAUACUAUUAUACCCAUGGAGCUCACCUUGCGGGAAAGAAUCUGAGCAUGGCUCAGUGGACUGCUGAUCGAUGGACAGAGAGUGGAUGGAAUUCAAGCAUCGUAUCCUAUGAUGUCUUUAUCAACUAUCCUGUCAGCAAGUCAUUGACGUUGACCUACUCCAACGGCAGUGUCUUUCAGCCUGCUCUCGAGGAGGCAGUCCUGGAAGCAGAUGAGACCACCAGCUAUCCAGACAGAAUACCCACAUUCAAUGGCUAUUCCGCAAGCGGAAACGUCGAGGCCGAGUACGUCUAUGUUGGAAGAGGUCAACAGGUGGAUUUUGAGAGGUUGAAAGCACUGGGUGUGCCCCUCGAAGGAAAGAUUGCCAUCGCUCGUUACGGAGGGCCCUUUCGAGGACUGAAAGUGAAGAACGCCCAAGAAAACGGAAUGAUUGGAGUUAUUCUCUUCACUGACACCGCGGAUGACGGAAAGAUUACUGAGGCAAAUGGUUACGCUGCGUAUCCCGAUGGCCCUGCGCGAAACCCGACGACUGUACAACGGGGAAGUGUUCAGUUUCUCUCCACAUACCCUGGGGACCCAACGACUCCAGGGUACCCUUCGAAAGAAGGAUCCCCAAGAACAGACGGGUCUGCUGCACUGCCGCACAUCCCCUCGAUUCCAAUUUCUUGGUUAGAUGCAAAGCCUAUCCUGGCCGCACUCGACGGACAUGGGACCGCCGGGGAUCUUGUAAACCGCUCAGGCUGGGUCGGAGCUCUAAAUGUGUCCUACUCCACCGGUCCUGCCCCAGGUGCGCAACUCAGCUUGAGCAACGUAAUGGAGGAAACCAUAACACCCAUCUGGGAUGCCAUUGCCGUCAUCAAUGGAACUAAUGCAGACGAGACUAUUGUGAUAGGCAAUCAUCGGGAUGCUUGGAUUGUGGGCGGCGCAGCUGACCCGAACUCUGGAACUGCUGUUAUCGUGGAGCUCGCAAAGGCAUUCGGGAAGCUCCUGGAGCAAGGCUGGAAACCGAAGCGAAACAUUGUGCUUGGCUCUUGGGACGGCGAGGAGUAUGGUCUCCUAGGAUCCACCGAGUUUGUCGAAGAAUACAUCCCAUGGCUGACUGACACAGCUGUGUCUUAUUUAAACGUUGAUAUCGCAGCCUCCGGACCACACCCGUCGGUGGAUGCAACCCCUGAGCUUCAUCAAGUCGCAAUUGAAACGAUGAAGAAGAUUUCAUGGAUGGACACUAACAGAACGAUGUACGAUGUUUGGUACGAAGAUACGGAUGGUGAAGUCGGCGUACUCGGUAGCGGGAGCGACUACACUGCAUUUGUCCAUAAUGGCAUUGGAUCCCUUGAUAUUGGCUCGAAUCCAGGUGCCGAGUCUCCCGUUUAUCCGUAUCACAGCAACUUUGAUUCAUAUCACUGGAUGACAAACUUUGGGGAUCCAGGCUUCUUGGCACACAAGUCAAUUGCACAGUACCUUACUCUUCUGGCUUAUAGCUUAGCUGAUACCGAUGUUAUUCCCUUUAACGUAUCCAAUUUUGGAGUUCAGAUGAAUAGCUACUACGACGACUUGUUGUCAACUGUCAAAUCGACAUCCUCUUCGGUGGAAACAGGUCCACUUCGCUUGGCGAUCGACGAUUUCACUCAAAGCGCUUUGCAAGUUCAGCAACAAGAAGAGCAGGCAGUGGCGUCAGGCGACGCUGCUACGCUCAGCUUGGUGAACUCCAAGUAUCGUGACUUCCAAAGAGGCUUCAUUUCCCAGGGCGGCUUGCCAGGGAGGGAAUUCUUCCGCCAUCUCAUCUUUGCUCCAGGGUCUGACACAGGAUACGCUCCAGUCACUUUCCCUGGUAUAACCGAAGCCCUGCAGGCUGGCAAUGUCUCAACCGCUACUGAGUUCAUCACAAAGACUGCGGCGGCUAUCAAAGUUGCUUCAGAUAUCCUCAAGAUAUAA